UCGUCACGAUCAUCAAAUUCUUCAGCAAAUUCAUGCGCUCAAGGAUUAAUGUUUAAUGAUGAACCAAUUACUCUUUUUCGACUUGAACUCGAGCGACUUCAAUACAUUAUUCAUUUUCCGGAAGAAGUUGCUUUUCAGCUUUCGAUAAUUGAAUAUCAGUUAUUUUAUUCGAUACAACCAAUGGAUUAUGUGCGAUACGUUAGUUGUGAUCUUACAUCAGUACCGGUUAUCGAUAAUCCAAGUCCGUUAAAAAAUCUCGUUAAACGGUUAUCUGAGGUUAGCUCAUGGAUAACUCAUAUCAUCAUAAGUAUGCCGACACAUGAUGAUCGUAAAAUGGCAUUAUCCUCAAUUAUGCGGAUGAUCCAUACUUGUUGGAACAUUGGUGAUUUUUCGACUUAA